GCGACGGGAAGCCCGAGGAGGACGGCGCUGGGACGAUCAGCAACAGGUCUGAGGGCACAGCUCUGACGGACAGCGACGGUAUCGACGGGCACUGCGAGGAAGGACAACGGACAGCGACGAGAAGAAUGUGAACGCCGAGAGCAGUGCGCAGCGGAUAUAACUGGCCAGCCUGUUUGAUUCAAAAAAGACACAGCAAGCUGGCCUCUUCCCUGCCUCAGGGUGACGACGGUGAUCGCCUGUCUUAGGUCGCAAUGGCAUUCGUCGUUCGCUGUGCCUUCUUGGUGGUUGUUUGGCUCAGUGGAAUAGCAUUCAGCUCAACAACAAGCGACGAAUCCCAGCCGGACAUCUUCAAGUCAUUUCCAACCAUCCGGAUUAAAAACGCAUCGGAAAUAUUUCCGCCAGAUUACGAUAAAACUGCGUUUCCAACCCCUUCAGAUGGGAAGCCGAUGGUUAUCUACUUUCGCUUUAGCUUGGCCAACAUUGUCGAGAUUGAUGAAGCUCGCGGCUUCGUGGUGUACCAGGCGUACAUGUCGCUCUACUGGAAGGACGAGCGCCUGGUGAUGCCGCCGCUGCCGCCCGGCUCCAACGCCUCCAGUGUGCAGCUGGACACGCUGAUCCAGCAGCGGCUCUGGGUGCCGGACGUCAUGGUCUACAACCUCGAGGAGAUGACGCAGUUGGAGAUGCUGGGGAAGCUCGGGAUGCUCCGGCUGCUCACAUCGGGCUAUGUCCAGUACGGCAUCUACGCCCGGUUGUCCGUGGCCUGCCAUAUGGACUUCUCUACCUAUCCGUUCGACACACAACACUGCUCGCUGAAAUUUGGAAGCUGUAAGUGCAUCUACCGCUAUGUUCGUCCUAUCUCGUUAUACGUUAGGUAA